CCGUCUGGUUAUCCUCUCGAAUUUUUUGAGUUUUUUGUAUCACCAGAUAAUCAGUACGUACUAUUUGGAACUAAUUAUACAAAGGGAUGGAGAUACUCUUAUACCGCAAAUUAUUAUAUUUUUAAUAUUUCUUCAAAAUCAUCCUUUCCUAUCACUAAAGAAAUUGAUUCAACUCAUCAAGCUGUAAUUUCUCAUGCACAAUGGAGUCCAGUUGGUCAUGAUAUAGCAUUUGUCAAAGAUAACGAUGUAUAUGUAUCGUUAGGACUUAAAGAGGAACGCCGAAUAACUUAUGACGGUUCUACCGUUGUUUUUAAUGAGGAAGUUCUUACUGCAAAAUUUGCUUUAUGGUGGUCUCCUGACGCAAAACGUCUUGGUUAUCUUCGCUUAAAUGAGAGUGAAGUACCUGAAUAUCGUUUUCCACUUUACGUUGAUGGAAUGCACGUCGAACCAUAUGUAAAAGAGGUUGUUAUGAAAUAUCCAAAACCUGGUUAUCCAAACCCUAUUGUUAGUUUUCACAUUUAUGAUACAACGACUCCUUUGGUUUCUCAAUCCGGUGCCGUCACUUUUAUAAAUGAUUUUCCUGAUAACGAUAAAAUAAUUACUGAAGUUUGUUGGGUUGGUAAUGAUAGUGUAUUAGUUAGAGUUAUGAAUCGUGUACAAGAUAUUGCAAGAGUUGUUUUAGUCGAUACAAUUUCUCGUAAUGGUACAACAGUUAGAGAAGAGAAUGCUGAUAUAAUUGAUGGUGGAUGGUUUGAAAUUACCAAAAGUUGGGUUUUCCUAGAAAAAGGCGGCAGCAUCCAUCAAGAUUCUUAUAUCGAUGUAGUUGUCAAUAAUGGAUAUAAUCAUCUUGCAAUUUUCUCUCCGAUAAAUUCCAGUACUCCACAAUACCUUACUAGUGGUAAUUGGGAAGUUGUAGAAGGAGUAAAGGCUGUAGAUCGUAAACGAGAACUCAUAUAUUUCAUAAGUACCGAAAAAUCCUCUAUUGAACGACAUUUAUAUUCAGUUAGUUUUGAUGGAAAAACUAAAACUGCUUUGACUCAAACUACUGAGACAGGAUAUUAUUCUGUAGACUUUUCUACAGGUGCUGAAUAUUAUAAUCUCAAAUAUGAAGGUCCUGAUGUUCCUUGGCAGAAAGUAAUGCAAGUUGGUAAUACCUCAUUUGAAAUUUCCUUGCAAAGCAACAAUGGCCUUAAAGGAUUACUUGAAGCAAUGGAAUUACCGACAAUAAGACGUUUUACUGUGGAGAGUGAAGAAAAUCAACUCAAUGUUAUGGAGAUCCGACCACCAGGAAUGGAUGAAUCCGGACAUGAAAGACAUCCAGUUCUUUUCCAUGUAUACGAAGGCCCAACUUCCCAAUAUGUUAAUACAAAGUUCUCGAUUGAUUGGCAUUGGUUUUUAGCAUCUUCACCACAAUUAAAAUAUAUUGUUGUGUUAAUUGACACUAGAGGAACUGGAUUUAAAGGUCGUGCUUUUCGUUGUAGUGUAAGAAAACAUUUAGGAGAAUAUGAAUCAACUGAUGUAAUUAAUGCAGCAAAAUAUUGGGCUAGUUUACCAUAUGUUGAUUCUGGUAAAAUGGCCGUUUGGGGGUGGUCAUUUGGAGGUUUUGUUACCUCUAAAAUUAUCGAAAUGGAUUCUGGAAUGUUUCAAGUGGGAAUGGCUGUAGCACCUGUUACUGAUUGGAGGUUCUAUGAUUCAAUUUACACAGAACGAUAUAUGAAAACCCCUGCAUUAAAUCCAUUAGGUUAUCAACAUAGUGCUAUAACUAAUAUGUCAGGAUUCGAUCAUGCAAAAUUCUUGGUAGUUCACGGAACUGGUGAUGUUCACUUCCAAAAUACGGCAAAUUUGAUUGAUAGAUUUACUCUGGCUUCAGUUCAUAACUAUCGUGUGCAAUUUUAUACUGACAGUGAUCAUUCAAUUACAAAACAUAAUGCAAAUCGAGAGCUUUAUUAUUUACUUACUGAAUAUCUUUGGCAAAGUUUUGGUUCUUCUGAAACAACAUCGCUUACAAUAUAA